UCCAACUGGUCCACGGAACGGCUGAAGGCCCUCCUCCUGCCCGUCAGGGUGGAGGGCGAGGAGGGGGCCUGCGAGGUGACCGAAGUGAGCAAGCUGGAUGGGGAGGCCUCCAUCAACAACCGCAAGGGAAAGCUCAUCUUCUUCUACGAGUGGGCCAUCAAGCUGGCCUGGACGGGCACCUCGACCACAGGAGUGAAAUACAAAGGUUAUGUGGAGAUUCCUAAUCUCUCAGAUGAGAAUGACAUUGAUGAAGUGGAGAUCCUUGUCAGCCUUGCUAAAGAUGAGCCUGACACUAACUUGAAGACCCUGAUGAAGCAAGAAGGCAAAAAAAUCAGAGAUGCAAUAAAAACUUACAUUAGCACUCUCAAAACAGAAUUCACCCAGGGCAUGAUAUUGCCUACAGUGAAUGGUGAACAUACGGAAGCAGCACCUCAGGUGGCACCUAAAGCAAAAGACAGCAAGAUGGCUGCUAGCAGCAGUACUGCCACAGCACAGUCCAAGUCCAUAGGAGUCAAGAUCCCUACGUGUAAGAUCAACUUGAAGGAUACAUUCUUAACAUCUCCUGAGGAGCUCUACCGAGUGUUCGUUACUCAAGAGAUGGUCCAAGCUUUCACCCACGCACAUGCAGCCCUGGAGGCUGAUAAAGGAGGCAAGUUUCAGUUGCUGGAUGGCAGUGUCACAGGAGAGUUUGUUGACCUAGUCCCUGAGAAGCAACUUGUUAUGAAAUGGAGAUUUAAGUCUUGGCCAGCUGGGCACUUUGCAACAAUUACCUUGAAUUUCACUGACAAAGGUGGUGAGACAGAGGUGUGCUUGGAAGGCAAGGGAAUUCCUGCCAGUGAGGAGGAGAGAACAAAGCAAGGCUGGCAGCGCUACUACUUUGAGGGCAUUAAACAGACAUUUGGCUAUGGUGCCCGCUUGUUUUAAUAAUGGUUGUUGGAAAGAGCUGCCUGAAGACUCUGCCACGUGGACUGAUAAAUUUCUCACCUCUUCCUUUCUAAUCUUGGCCCUGCUGCUGGGUAGAGUGGGAUGACAGGUGAUGAGGAAAGCCAUUGAGCAGCACCACUUUCAGUCCCUCACUGCUUCAUGCAUGUCUCGUGCUGCAGGGGAUUCUCUUACAUGUACAUACUUCUAUUGCUAAAUAAACCUAACUUAAAAAAAAACAU